AUGGUUCUUGUCAGCUCUACCACCAGCAUCCUCUCCCUGUUGCUCCUGCUCCUGAAGCUCUUUCACCAGGGACUCCAAGCUCCAACCAAUGGCCCUUUAACCAGCAUGUGGAAUUGCAACUCUAUUGCCAUGGAGAUUAGGGACAAGCUCUCAGGACCUGAACUCACUGAUAUGGAAGACAAAAGCAAUCUGGUGAAAGAGACCUAUCGGAGAGCAAACUUGCUUCAAUUCCUAAAAAGCCAAAAGAAAUAUCCUCAGGUCGAAGCCAGCAUCAAGUCCAAUCUUCAGAUACUUAAGUGUUGUCUGCCUGCAUCUGCGAAUGACUCUAGGCUGUCACCCGUCGGCCAUGAUAAUCCGGAUGACUUUCAGAAGAAACUGAGAUUCUUUGUGAGCCAACUUAAAGAUCUGCAACCAGUGCCAAAGUCUAGACCAUCUCAGCCCACGUCUGACUCCAUCACUUCUCACCCUGAGACUCUGGAAUGUUAA